AUGUUGGGCACCAUGGGAGUCGUUGCCACGCCGGAAGUCCGCAAGAAGAGGCCCUUUCAGGGAGAGGAGGCGUAUUCCAUGAGGAAACGCCUCUGUGAGGGUUGCGGUGUGCGUUCGGCUGCGGGUUGCAGUACCGUGAGCGACGAUAUCGGCACGGACAUGCCGACGACGAGCACUCAGCCUGGUGCCAGUGGUCGGAUGGCGACGGACAACCAGUCGUACUUUGAGAUGUCCAACGAGAAGCAACAGCAGCCAGAACCGCAAGAGCGUCGAGGACGUACUCGAUGGCGGGAAGGCAGUGAGCCGCUCGGCUGGGACGAUUCGGAAUGGACUACGCCGCGGAAUAUGGGCGCGAGCUUUGAUGACGGUCCUGAACCGGAACAGAACCCUAUUCUUGACUCCGACGCAGGGACUGUCAAGGCUGACUGA